CACAAUGCAUCAAAAAUCGUCCAUAUUUUGUCAACAAUCAAUCAGUGCAACAGAAUUAUCCACAAAAACACCCUCAAAUAACGCUAAACUUUCCAAAAAUCAAUAGUUAAAGGGAUUGGGCAUGUAGAAUAUAAGAAAGUGAACCUAAAUAUUCUGAGUUUAGUGUGCAGAUUGUCUGAACUGCGCGUGUGAUAGAGUUGGAAAGUCAAAGUGCUUCAUAACUCAAAACUGCAGGAGCUACCUCCACUCUUGCACUAGCUUGACUUCAGUCAAUCAGUGUAUGACUUCCCAAUCCAUUUGACAAUCAUUUCCGAAAGUACAAAAGUGGGGUUAGUUCUGGCAGAUUGUCUAAUCGAUAUGGCCAAAUUCUGCAUCUUGGUGUGCUCUUUAUAAGAGGCAGGAUCACAGUGAAAAGCUAAAACGUGAAUGAUGUUAGCCGCCUACCACUAGGCCUAUUUCAUAUAGUAAAAAGUACAGGAAGCAAAGUGAUAUGUCUCUAGACGAUUACUCAAAAAGUAAAGUGAUUGGAAAGGGAAGUUAUGGAGAAGUGUGGCUAUCAAAACAUAAAAAGGACAAAAAGCAGUAUGUUCUCAAGAAGAUUGACCUUCACAAUGCAUCCAAGCGUGAACGAAAAGCCGCUGAACAGGAGUCAAAGUUACUGUCCCGCCUCAAGCAUCCUAAUAUCGUGGCCUACAAAGACUCAUUUGAGACGGGUGACGGGAUUUUGUAUAUCGCUAUGGGUUUUUGCGAGGGAGGGGAUCUUUACAAUAGGUUAAAAGAACAAAAAGGUAUACCCCUGGAAGAGCGGCAAGUUGUGGAAUGGUUCGUACAGAUUGCAAUGGCUCUUCAGUAUAUGCAUGAAAGAAAUAUUCUACACAGAGAUUUAAAGACUCAGAAUAUAUUCUUAACUAAAAGUAAAAUAAUCAAAGUGGGAGAUUUAGGAAUUGCUAGAGUUUUGGAGACUUCCAGUGAUAUGGCCACAACGCUAAUAGGGACACCUUACUAUAUGAGUCCAGAGUUAUUUUCCAAUAAACCAUAUAACCACAAGUCUGAUGUAUGGGCAUUGGGUUGCUGUGUGUAUGAGAUGGCUACCCUAAAACACGCAUUCAACGCGAAAGAUAUGAACUCAUUAGUGUACAGAAUUCUCAGGGGAAAGAUGCCCACCAUGCCCAAAUCCUACAGCCCAGAACUGCUGAACUUAAUCAAGGCUAUGUUACAUCAGAACCCUGAUAAGAGACCUAGUGUCAACAGAAUACUCAGAGACCCCUACAUCAAAAGAAACAUUGCUAUAUUCUUAGAGGGAACUAAGAAUCGCCGUAGUAGUGUAUCAAGUGUGUCCAGUGCAUCCAGUGUUUCAAGUAGUCGUCCAUCCUCAUCAUCAGGGCGACCACCAUCUUCAGGCCAUCCAAGGUCACAACCAAGUAGCUCAGGAUACGAGGAGCCAGAUACAAAUCGGUCGGAUGUCUCCCGCAUUUCAAGAGUUUCCAGUGCGUCACGAGUAUCAAAUCGUUCCGAGGCGUCCAAUGUAUCCAACCGGCCAAGUGCGCCAAGUCCUCAAGGACAGAGAGGUCACAGGUCUGCUAAUGGGGGUCAGGGAGAUGGAAGGCCGAGGUAUUCCUCAGUUGGUGAUGAACCAACUCCUAGUUCUUCAGCAAAGACUCCUACACCGACUCCGGCCAAAGACGAACCGAGCCACAGACGACGUAGAAGGAAGGGGGUUAAAGAUUCAGACUCUGAAUCAGUGGCAAGUUCUGAAGCUGGCGAAGACUCAAGCCGAGUGUCCAAGGCCAAGUCUGCUUUGAAGCCAAGGCCCCUCCCGCCAAGACCGUCCAGUGCAGAAUCAACCCCACAGCUCCGUGCCGCUAAAGUCACCGAUGAUUCCAGCUCAAGUUCGGUGACGAGUUCCAAAGAUGACGUCAGCAAAUCUGUAGGUGACACACCGAGGAGCCGGCCUAAUAGUGCAGCACGUGCACGUCGACGAGAGAGAAAAGAAACAGACACACCGAGGACACCUGUUGGGCCGCCUGUGGUCCUCCAUCGGCCAAGAGUCAAAUUUGAUCAGUUUGAUGGUAUGCCCCCUGAUCGCCAUGGAUAUGAAGUUCCCGGUGGAUCUAGACACCGGCGAACCAAGUCAGAUUCAGAACCUUCGAAGAAGGAAGCGAUGCGUGUUGUUGAGGCGUCUAAAGCCCGUCCGAUACGCCAGCCAUCUCUACCCAACAGCAGCAGCAGCACGACAGAGUCUGACUCAGAUCCUGAAGUGCCAGAGCCUGUUAAAAAAAAUAACCAUGUACCUCCACAGCCCGAUAGCAGGGACAACAAUGCUCACCAUCAUAACCACCAUAGGCGGAAUAAGGAGAUGAACAAUUUCAUCACGCUCCUUGACACGACGCUUCGUCUCAACAAAGAGGAAGAUCGAUCACCUGACGAAGAUGAGGAUGAUUCCGAUAUCGUCACUCCGAAACUCGAGCGUCAGAUGUCGGCACCCACGCAGGAGUCCGGAGCAGUGGUUGUUUCUCCUCAGACGCUGGGUGCCACUGGAAGGCUAAUGGAAAGAAUUACAGCUCUGAGAAAGGAUUGUAUCCGAGGGCUUGGUGUUGAGAAGAUGAAGAAGGCUUAUGACAUCUUGGACAACAUUGAAGGUGAUGAACUUGAGCCCCAACUGAUCCAACUCCUUGGUAAAGAUCUGUUCGAUGAAUAUGCUGGAAAAAUAUGGCAGCUGAAAUUCUGUGAGGAGACAGCAUUCGGACACGUUGGACUAAAAUGAUCACGAUACUUUCAAUACGGUCAUUGAACUUUCUUAUCAGCAUGAGUAGCAAUCCAUACGUAUGCAGUCUUGUUUUUGGAUGUCUUUCCAUGAAUAUAAGAUCAGUACAAUUAGCCUGAUUGUUUUUUGAAAUUCGCUGUCAAGAGAAUGCUGUACAUUAAGGCAAUACUAUGACUGACUGGCUUGUGAUGGUCACAAUGACCAGAAAGUCCAAAGUCUAGAAAGUAUGAAGGAACAUUCCAUGUCACAGUAUCUGGGUUCAUUUGUACAUUAUUUAUAAUUUAUAUAUCUUUGUGGUUUGACUCGGUCACUGCGUGUAUAUUUAGUAUGCUGUAAAUUUGAAUCAACGUUCUAUGUUACCCGAAUUUAGCAGUAUAAGGAGAGUUGUGCCAGUAUAAGUGACACGCGUAGUUUGGUGCAACUUGUACUAUUUUGUUGUCUUAUGCCACUGCUGAAAAGAUGUGUGAAAGUGUGCUGGUUUUGAUUUUCACAUUUUGCAGUAUCAAUCAUGUUGGUAAAUUACUAUAUGGUGAUGUAUUGGGAAACGUUUGUGAUUAACUGCAUAUUUUUAUGGGAACCAAACGCUGGGAAGAAUUGUUCCAAAUAGGUACCUAAAUCUUGAGUGACAGGGAAACUCUUCCGUCCAAUCGGCAUUGAAAAUAUAGAUAAUAUCAAAGAGUGGACCGUCCUCACAACAUCUCAGCUGGUAACCCUAUGAUACGUCACAGGAAUGAGUGAGGUUUAGAAACGACAUACUUGAUUUCUGUUUGUCCGAGUCAAACUCUCGCACUUUAUUGAGACGCUUGUGUGACAAGAAUAAUGUGUAUAUUGGUGUCAUCAUCGCUUGUGUGUACAUUUCAUUGUUGAAGAAAUUAUAACUCUCAUUCCAGAUCGUAGAUUUCUUAAGAAUAAGAACAUAGGAUUUUAAUUUAGAUUUAGCUUCUGUAUGAGAAUAGGACUUAUCAUUAUCAUUUUGUUAUUUUCUAAAAAGAUGUUUAUAGGAGUAUUAAUACUCCAAUAUCAGUUUUAACUUAUUUAAUCAUUUGAUAGUGCACGGUCACUCGGACUUUUAAAAUUGCCAUUUUUUGUAAAGUUGUCUUGUAUCUACCAAUCUCAUCAUCAAUCAUAUCCAGUCUGUGAUUUUAGUUACAAUAAGCCGUCCCAAAUAACAACUCAGAUUUGUAUUUUAUUCUUUCACUUAUAAUAUUUUGGAUUUUUUUUCACCAAUACAGUAGAAUUUCUCUAUUAAAGACACCUGCCUUUGGACCGAUAACUGUCUUGGAUGAAGAGUUGUCCUAAUAAAAGAGGUCAAAUUAAAUGAAAAUCCCCAAUUCUGGACCAAAAUUAGCAUCCUUAAAGAGAGGGUUCAAACUAACGGAGGUGUCUGCUAAAGAAGGUUCCACUGCAGCAUGUUUUAUGAAAUGUAAACUCUUCUGAUGCGCCACAUGUGGGUGCUUGUCAGUAGCAAAAAAGCUUUAAGCCAUUUAUCAUGACAAAGCUUUGCACAAUUGGGGAUUGAAAUCAGUGCUAUCUCUCUGUGGCCUGGACUGCCAAAUAUUACAGCAUCCAUUACACAUGUACUUAAAACGUUUCAUUGAUCUGUCGCCGUCCCUGUUCAAACUGAAUAUUACUUCAUUUGUUCACAAUAUCCUUUAUGCAUAUCAGUGAAUGUGUUUGCCUCAUUCACAAUUUAAAAUUUGAUGAAUGGAAGGGAGGACUGGUGAUACCCUCAACAGCUGCAAAAGAAGUCAGGGCUAUCAGUUAUUCCUGAGCCAAAUCUUCAGGAUUGAAUGGGGACCGUGUUAGUCAGCUGCCUCUAAGGCUUGUCGUUCACAGAGAUAGACACUGUUCAGAUAUGGUUGGAUCAAAAUAAUGUGACUGUAGUGCAUUUCCUUGUUAAGUGAGCCUGGGGUUUCGUCAUUUAGUGCCUGUACUAGUGUCAACUGUUCAAAUGUCAGUGGACAAGUUGGUUGUUGUACAUGUAAUAUAAGUGUAUGGAACUGAAUAAUAAACCCAUGAC